AUGUGGAUCACUGCUCUGCUGCUGCUCGUGCUGCUGCUGGUGGUCGUUCACAGGGUUUAUGUGGGCCUUUUCACCGGAAGUUCCCCGAACCCCUUCGCUGAGGAUGUCAAGCGGCCACCUGAACCCCUAGUGACCGACAAGGAAGCUAGGAAGAAAGUUCUCAAACAAGCUUUCUCAGUCAGCCGAGUACCAGAGAAGCUGGACGCAGUGGUGAUUGGCAGCGGCAUUGGGGGACUGGCCUCAGCUGCGAUUCUAGCUAAAGCUGGCAAGAGAGUCCUUGUGCUGGAACAACACACCAAGGCAGGCGGCUGUUGUCAUACCUUUGGGGAAAAUGGCCUUGAAUUUGACACUGGAAUUCAUUAUAUUGGACGAAUGCGGGAGGGCAACAUUGGCCGUUUCAUCUUGGACCAGAUCACCGAAGGGCAACUGGACUGGGCCCCUAUGGCCUCCCCUUUUGACUUGAUGAUACUAGAAGGACCCAAUGGCCGAAAGGAGUUCCCCAUGUACAGUGGGAGGAAAGAAUACAUCCAGGGCCUUAAGGAGAAGUUCCCCAAGGAAGAGGCUGUCAUUGACAAAUACAUGGAGCUGGUUAAGGUGGUGGCCCAUGGAGUCUCUCAUGCCAUCCUACUGAAGUUCCUCCCAUUGCCCUUGACUCAGCUCCUCAACAAGUUUGGGCUUCUGACUCGUUUUUCUCCAUUCUGCCGAGCGUCUACUCAGAGCCUAGCUGAAGUCCUGAAACAGCUUGGGGCUUCCCCUGAGCUCCAGGCUGUUCUUAGCUACAUUUUCCCCACUUACGGAGUAACCCCCAGCCAUACCACCUUUUCCUUGCACGCUCUGCUGGUUGACCACUACAUACAAGGGGCAUAUUACCCCCGAGGGGGCUCCAGUGAGAUUGCUUUCCAUACCAUCCCUUUGAUUCAGCGGGCCGGGGGCGCUGUCCUCACCAGGGCCACCGUACAGAGUGUGCUGCUGGACUCAGCUGGGAGAGCGUGCGGUGUCAGUGUGAAGAAGGGACAAGAGCUGGUGAACAUCUACUGCCCAGUUGUCAUCUCCAAUGCGGGAAUGUUCAAUACCUAUCAGCACCUGUUGCCAGAGUCUGUCCGCUACCUGCCAGAUGUGAAGAAGCAGCUGACAAUGGUAAAGCCUGGUUUGAGCAUGCUGUCAAUUUUCAUCUGUCUGAAGGGCACCAAGGAGGAGCUCAAGCUUCAGUCCACCAACUACUAUGUUUAUUUUGACACAGACAUGGACAAAGCGAUGGAGCGCUAUGUCUCUAUGCCCAAGGAAAAGGCUCCAGAACACAUUCCCCUUCUCUUCAUUGCCUUCCCAUCAAGCAAGGAUCCAACCUGGGAGGACCGAUUCCCAGACCGAUCCACAAUGACUGUGCUGGUACCCACGGCCUUUGAAUGGUUCGAGGAGUGGCAGGAGGAGCCUAAGGGCAAGCGAGGUGUUGACUAUGAGACCCUCAAAAAUACCUUCCUGGAAGCCUCUAUGUCGGUGAUCAUGAAACUGUUCCCACAGCUGGAAGGCAAGGUGGAGAGUGUGACUGGAGGAUCCCCACUGACCAACCAGUACUAUCUGGCUGCACACCGAGGAGCUACUUAUGGGGCUGACCAUGACCUGGCUCGUCUGCAUCCUCAUGCAAUGGCUUCCCUAAGAGCCCAAACCCCCAUCCCCAACCUCUACCUGACAGGCCAAGAUAUCUUCACCUGUGGGCUGAUGGGGGCCCUGCAAGGGGCCCUGCUGUGCAGCAGUGCCAUCCUGAAACGGAACCUGUACUCAGAUCUGCAGGCUCUUGGCUCAAAGGUCAGGGCACAAAAGAAGAAGAAGUAGUCUAUUCAGAGAUGAGCUAGAGGAA